AUGUGGAAUCUGGAUGAGCUGCGGCUACGUAUCCAUCGGGUAAUCACGGCAAGAAAAGUCACGGAGAAUGGUCGAGUAAGAACUGGAGAGAACAAGAGAAAAGAGGGGAACUAUCGAGAGAUUCAACGGGGUCGGAGUAUUCCGCGAGGAUCAAUGAAGUAUGCGGGCAGACAACGUGAUCCACGCCACCUCUCUUCUUACUUGGUCAUGUGGGGAUGGAGGUGGUGUAGUGAACAAUGCUCUAGAAAGAGAGGAUCAGCUAAAUGCAUUUGGAAAAGAGUAGCCAAGCGGUUGCGAGUACAAGUCAAUGGGCAAUCCGAUAUCGACAAACGACAAGGAACGUGUUAA